CUUGCUUUCCAUCAUCCAAUUCCAUGGCUUUACAAGCUCUUAACUCUCCGACAUCCUCUUUCUUUCACUCCCAGCUUCACUCUUUCACCAAGGGCAAGCGUUCUAAGCGACCACGUUUCGACCAGGACGACGAAUACCUCGCCCUCUGCCUCCUCAUGCUCGCCCGCGGCGCUACCGACAACUCCUCCACCCUCCAUCCACCGGAGGAAAGAGUUGGCUUCAACUGCAGCGUUUGCAACAAGGCCUUUCCCUCCUACCAGGCUCUGGGUGGCCACAAAGCCAGCCACCGUAAACUUUUGGCCGCCAACGAUGAACGGUCAACGUCAACGACCACCUCUUCCACAUCGUCGAACCCCAGCGGUAGAUCCCACGAGUGUUCCAUUUGCCACAGAAGCUUCCCGACUGGGCAGGCCUUGGGUGGGCAUAAGCGACUUCACUAUGAAGGCGGCAAAGCUAACAGCGGGACCACAUCUGAGAAACUAGGCUCCAGCAGCAGCACUAGUACCACCAGCCAGAGGGGCUUCGACCUGAACCAGCCGCCUCUGCCGGAAUUCUCGAGGCCCAACUUCUUUGUUUCCGGCGGUGAUGAUGAAGUGGAAAGCCCACACCCUUUGAAGAAGCCACGCCUCGUGAUACGGAUUCCACACAAAAUGGAAGUCAACUAAACAAACAA